AUGGGUUUCGCUAAUCUCUGGUUCUCACAUCCACGCAAGUUCGGUCCAGGAUCUCGUUCUUGUCGUGUAUGCUCCAAUCAUCAUGGACUUAUUCGCAAGUACGGUCUUGAUAUGUGCCGCAGGUGUUUCCGGGAAUACGCCAAGGAUAUAGGAUUUAAAAAGGUUCUUUCUUUUUAA